UCGACUCGCGAUUUCCCGGGCAUUGGCCGCGCGGCUGGGAGAUCCCUCCGGGCUCAAGUUGCAAGGGGGCGGGCCCGGGCCGGAGGUGGAGUCUCCCGCCAAUUGAACUCGUGGCUAUAAAUUGAGCUCCCAGCACGCCAAAGCCCAGAUGCCGCACCAGGCCGCCUCGAGGUUGGGGGUCCGGGAGGGUGACCGGUCCCGGGGGGCCCUGGGGCCCGCGGCCACCAUGCUCCGCUCCCUGCUGCUUCACUCCCUGAGGCUCUGCGCCCAGAUCGCCUCGUGCCUCGUGCUCUUCCCGCGCUUCCUCGGCACGGCCUUCAUGCUCUGGCUCCUCGACUUCCUGUGCAUCCGCAAGCAUUUCCUGCGCCGCCGUGGCCUGGGGCAGCCUGAGCCUGAAGCAGAGCUCAACAGUGAGGGCGAGGAGGUGCCCCCCGACGACCCGCCCAUCUGCGUGUCCGACGACAACCGCCUCUGCACCCUGGCGUCGCUCAAGGCUGUGUGGCAUGGCCAGAAGUUAGAUUUCUUUAAGCAGGCGCACGAGGGCGGCCCAGCGCCCAACUCCGAAGUGGUCUUGCCCGAUGGCUUCCAGAGCCAGCGCAUCCUGGACUAUGAGCACGGGAACCGCCCGCUAGUACUCAAUUUCGGCAGCUGCACCUGACCACCGUUCAUGGCGCGCAUGAGCGCCUUCCAGCGCCUGGUCACCAAGUACCAGCGCGAUGUUGAUUUCCUCAUCAUCUACAUCGAGGAGGCCCACCCCUCCGACGGCUGGGUCACCACAGACUCCCCCUACAUCAUCCCACAGCACCGGAGCCUGGAAGACCGGGUCAGCGCGGCUCGGGUGCUGCAGCAAGGCGCCCCUGGCUGUGCUCUGGUCCUGGACACCAUGGCAAACUCCAGCAGUUCAGCCUACGGUGCCUACUUUGAACGCCUCUAUGUCAUCCAGAGCGGCACCAUCAUGUACCAGGGCGGCCGAGGCCCAGACGGUUACCAGGUCUCGGAGCUUCGCACCUGGCUGGAGCGCUACGACGAGCAGCUGCACGGCCCUCGGCACGGCCGGUUCUAAACAACCAAUGGACAGUUGCCUGAACUUAGCGAGCUGGGCCUUCGGGCUUUCGAAGCCCCAGUGCAAGCAUCACCAGCGAAGUUGGGCAUGGUGAGGCCCGAGGACACAGAUGCACUGAGCCAUGACUGUCCGGCUGGGUCUGGCACUCAGCCUCUAAAGACUAGCCUCCGUGGGACUAUGUGACGUCACUUAUCCCUGCCCGCUGGCUUGAAAUCCCCUUGGGAGCCCUGAAACAGCGUGCACACACCCAUGCCUGUGUGCCCCCAGGCCUGGCCCCCACGCCACUCCUGUACACCUGCUCCCCAGCGCGCCUCCAGCCAGUCCAGUGCGCCAUGCGCGUAGCUUGCAAUGCAGACACCUUGGCCACGCCCGCGCGCCGGGAGCGCAGCUGGGUUCCAGCAGCUCUAGGCUGCCGCUAGUUGCCUGGCACCCACCUGUCGCGCGCAGGGAGCCCUGCUGCCUUUGUGUUUAUUUCUUGUCUCUGAGCUGAGGUGGGGGGGAUUCGGGAGGGAGAGGGUGGGCAGGGUAGUCUUCCCCCUUGUUUUGGGCGCGCAUGAGCCCCUCUGCUGAUGACGAACUGUCCCUAACUGGUCUCGACCACGGGCGGGUUCCGAAAUUGCAGGAUGGCUCGAAUCGGUGCCGAAAGCCAGAGGGGGAAGACUGCUCUGGACUUCAAGAGGAGACCGCGGUCACUGAGGCGGGAAAGGGGAGGGAAUUGGGUGGGAGGGGUCGCUUCCAGAAAAUGGUUUGAGGUCUGCAGCCCCGGGGAGACUGAAGAGACUAGGACUCCUGGGGGAACGGGAUCUGGUGGCAGAGUCCGGAGAAGGGGAGAUGCGGGGAGAGCCUGGACUCCAAGACUAGGGACACCUGGGCAGAGCUACCGACUGCCGGGCCGGGGUGGAGGCCCCGGAUUUCAAAGGCCACUCAGCUAGUGUAUUGCUGGUAGCGUUCCCUGUAUAUAAACUUCGUUUAAGCUACAAUAAUAAAGGCUUAAAGUAAA